CUUCAUCUCCUCAGCGGAUAAGAACGAAACCGUGGAUUAAUACUGCCCACUGAUCAAGCAUUAAAGCCAAAAUGACAGAGUUGCAGUCUUCACUACCAAAUGAGAAGAUGAGUCUAAGUGCCAGUGAACUGACUGAAUUCUUCACUAUGUGGGAAGAAUUAAACUUCACAGACAAAAGUGACAACAACUCGCAGGUGGAAAUGCAAAUGUGCCCCACAUCCUUCAACCGUUCUGCUCUCCUCCAUGCUAUGUGCACCCUCUACGCCUUCAUUUUUGUUGUGGGCCUGGCUGCCAACGUGCUAGUAGUGUGGGUCAACUUGCGUUCGGAGCGUCAUUACCACGACACACACUUGUAUAUAUUAAACCUAGUGGUGGCUGACCUGUGUGUGGUCGCUACUCUCCCGGUGUGGGUGAGCUCGUGGGCACAGGGCGGUCACUGGCCGUUUGGCCAGGCGGCUUGCAAGCUCACACAUCUACUCUUCAGCGUCAACCUUUUCGCCAGCAUCUUCUUCCUGGCCUGCAUGAGUGUGGACCGGUAUCUUUCGGUGGUCCGCUCAGGGGAGAUUUCUCUCAGAAGAGGACGACAAAUACGACGUUUAGUGUGUGCAGCAACAUGGAUGCUUGCUUUAUUCGCCUCCAUACCUGACACAUACUUCCUGCAGUCUGUAAAGUCACUACACAGUCAUGUGACUUUGUGUCAUCCUGUAUAUCCACAAGACAACCCUUUGCAGUGGAUGGUGGGAAUUCAGAUGACUGGCUGUCAGCUUUAUCUCUCGCAGACCUAUAAACUCUAA